GGAUGCACCUUUACUGCAGGUGAGUGUGUCCUGGGCUCUUGGAAAGGAGCCUCUCUGGAUGGGUGACUCAGAUCCUGACUCUGGAAGCAGUAAUGGCACAGACCUUAAUGAGCAAGAUCAGCACUUGAUUAAUUACUCUCCAAACAGGAUUUCCAGUCUCUGAAGUUCAUGUGAUCUCCUGGGUGGAGCGAGAGGAGGAGUUGCAGGUCCCAGAUCACCAGAGCUGUGAGGAAGGGGAGAUCAUCAGUGGCAUCCACACAGGUGAUGGGAUGCUGACUGAGAACCAUGAUCUUGUGCAGCAGGAGGGAUCGGAGCAAGUGUCUCCAUGUGGGAUGUUACUGGGAAGACCUGAAGGGCAUGUUUCCCAGAUACGUGAGCAGGGAGAGACUUGCGAGAGUCAGCAUAGCCCAGAAAGGCAGCAUGGAAAUCAUCCAGGAGGGGGACAGGAUAAAUCCAGUCACAGGAGCCAAGGGGAGAAAAGAAACACAGAAACCAUUCAACAGAAAAUCCCCCAUCAACAGUCACCCUGCAAUUGUAGUGACUGUGAAACUCCUAUUGAACAUCAAAGAGCCCACACAGGAGAGAAGCCCUUCAACUGCUCUGACUGUGGGAAAAGCUUCAGUAGAAGCGAUCACCUUGUAAGACAUAGGAGGACCCACACAGGAGACAAACCUUUCAAUUGCUCUGACUGUGGGAAAAGCUUUCUGAGGAGCUCACACCUUGUUACACAUAGGAGAGCCCAUACAGGGGAGAAACCCUUCAACUGCUCUGAGUGUGGGAAAAGCUUCCGUCAGAAUUCACACCUUGUUAACCAUAGGAAGACCCACUCAGGAGACAAACCUUUCAACUGCUCUGAGUGUGGGAAAAGCUUUCGUCAGAAUUCACACCUUGUUAACCAUAGGAAGACCCACUCAGGAGACAAACCUUUCAACUGCUCUGAGUGUGGGAAAAGCUUCCGUCAGAAUUCACACCUUGUUAACCAUAGGAAGACCCACUCAGGAGACAAACCUUUCAACUGCUCUGAGUGUGGGAAAAGCUUCCGUCAGAAUUCACACCUUGUUAACCAUAGGAAGACCCACUCAGGAGACAAACCUUUCAACUGCUCUGAGUGUGGGAAAAUUAGACAUAGAACAACCCACACAGAACUCACACAGGAGAGAAACCUUUCAAUUGCUUUGACUGCGGGAGACGCUUCAGUCAGAAGUCACAGCUUGUUACACAUAGAACAACCCACACAGGAGAGAAACCCUUUACCUGCUCUGACUGUGGGGAAAAGCUUCCGUCAGAAUUCACAAAUUAUUAGACAUAGGAGAACCUACACAACACAUGAGAGCUACCCUUCACGUGCUCUGACUGCAGGGAAAGCUAUAGUCGGUGCUCCUGCCUUACUAACCAUCAGAUAA